AUGUCAACAGACGUGGCGUUUGAUACGAGCAUGGGCUCAUUCACAGUAGAGCUCUACAAUACCCAUGCUCCCAAGACUUGCAAAAACUUUGCGACCCUCGCGCAACGAGGUUACUAUAACAAUGUCAUCUUCCACCGCAUCAUACCGAAUUUCAUGGUGCAAACCGGAGACCCUACUGGCACUGGAAGAGGAGGAAGCUCUAUCUACGGCGAGAAAUUUGAGGACGAAAUUCGCUCAGACCUGAAGCACACUGGCGCCGGAAUCCUAAGCAUGGCAAACAGCGGACCGAAUACCAAUGGGAGUCAAUUCUUCAUCACACUUGCUCCGACUCCAUGGCUCGAUGGUAAACACACAAUAUUUGGUCGAGUGAAGAGCGGAAUGAGAGUCAUUCAGCGCAUGGGUCUAGUGAAGACAAAUAAUGAAGACCGGCCAGAUGAUGAGGUCAAGAUCAUUCGAGCAAGGAUCGUGGAGGAAGGGACCGAAGAGUGA